CAUUUUCACCUAUAUAACACCGCUCGUUGUACGUGGCGACCAUUUUGAGACCUUUUCUUGUGCUGUUAUUAGUGUAUUGCUGACUUGAAAAACGAGAGGUAUUAAACAGCUGAUUUACAUUUUGGACGUAUUAAAACUUAUUCUUUUCGUUGUUUAUUUUUUUAUUUCGUCGAAGAAAUCUAUCAUCGCGGAUCGUAACAACACACCAGCCCAAAUUCCAACACAAAUCAAACUUUUUUUGGAUUUUCGUUAAUUUCAUGCUUAACUUUUAAUUUUUGGCUGUGCUGCUUGUGAUCUUAUUCACUUUAUUGGACCUAAGGAUCCUUACCUAGCAUAACUAGGAUCAUCUACAGAACUGCUCUAACUUUGAGACUUCAGGCAUUUUAAAGAUCAUGGACAUGGAGGGAUUUACGUUGGACUCUGAUACAGUGAAAGACUGCGGUGAACCGGCCGUUGCCGCUCGUGCUGCCAGUCACUUCCAGGCAAAAAUGGGCAUCCAUCAUCAACAAGACCAGGACCGAUGCGAAUCAACUUGCGACUCGGCCUACCUUUCUGAGAGUACCACAUACAGCUCAGUCUCGGACAGAUUACAAGAUCUCCAUAUUGAGGGACAGUAUGAAAGUGAAUCUAGCUCAAGAUCUAGCAGUAGCAGGAUACAGCUUUCAGAUUUCCAAGACCCGACUGUUGAAAAAAGGACUGAGAAUGCCAAUGUUAGGCCACAAAAAAGACCUGCAGAAGAAGUUCCAUCAGAUGAGGUCUACCUCACGAAUGAUGCUUAUGAUCAAGAUGAGGAGGGAGAUACGCCCCUCAGUCAGUCAAUAAUCCAUGAGAAAGGAGACAUAGCUCUGAAAUUCAUCCGCUAUACACCAAAUCCAGAUUUCUUUAACAUCAGAAACUGUCUGGGGCAGACUGCACUUAUGCUAAGUGUACUGACGAACCAACCCAACAUCUGCAGAGCUCUUGUCGUUGCUGGGGCGUCGGUUGAUGUUCAGGAUCAAGGGGGUAACGCAGCCCUCCAUCUGGCCUGUCGCUUUGGUUUCACUGCGUGUAUCCAGCAACUGACGUCACAGAUACAGCAAAUUGAAAUCAAGAACACUGUGAGUGCACGGAAUCACAGACAAGCUCAAUCACUGACGUUGCAACUGCGCCUGAAGAAUUACGAAGGUCUAACCUGUGUGCAUCUAGCAACACUAAGACGCGACAUUGGUCUCUUGACGUAUCUGGUUGCCAUUGGUGCCAACGUGAACGAGCCGGACGGAAAGAGCGGUCGCACCAGUCUCCACUACGCAGUCGAAAUGAACGACUUCCACUUGGUCCAGUGUCUCCUCUGCGAACUGCACGCUGAUGUUGAUGCGGUGACCUUCGACCUCUGCACACCCCUCCACCUGGCAGCAGGGAGGGGCCAUGAGGACAUUGCAUGCCUGCUCCAUGGGGCGCGGGCAGACACCCAGGUCCAGAACUUUGAGGGGCAGUGCGCGUAUGAGUUGACCAACAUCCCAUCGCUCAAGUCACUGCUCUCACAAGGACAUGAAUAUGACACUACAGAUUAUUUCUACUGAAGACAUUCUCUUUGUCCUUUCAUGGGUAGAGUGAUGAUGAAGGCAAAUGAACAAACUGUCUCCGCAAGGGGAGAUGUUGCAGGACAGCGUCUCCUUUAUGAAGAAAGAGCGUGCAACCGGACCAUUUAUCAUGGAUACAUGUUACAUGACAUGAAGUGAGAUAGCUGUGGUAUGUUGAUGUUAAGUGAAGAAACUGGAAAGGGCUUUAAGUCCAGGGGAUUGCAGCGAAACGGCAGGAAGAAGAAAAAAGGAAGACAAAGAAGAAAGAAGGAAGACAUCCAAACUUUUGAUUUUAUCGUAAAAGGAUGGAUGACAUAUUCUGAUAAUUUCUUAUUGUAUUGUCUUGAUGUUGAAGUAAUGUUAGUGUAAUGCCUUUGCUCAGUAAAAUGUACAUGUAUUAGACAACUUGUUGUACAGACAUGUUUUGUUGCAGUUAAAUAGGUAUUAUGCAAUGCUUCAACACUUGAUGGAUAAGAAUUGCAGUUCUGUUGUGCUUGUACGUAGGAGAAUUGAGAUUGUGAUGUGGUCAGAAUAUGAAGGAAUUGGUAAAUGUACAUGUAUAUCACAUUGCUAUGAUGUGUGAAUGUUGAAACUGAGAGAAGUAUUAUUAGUCUUUGGAAAUGUGUGUGAAAAAAGAAUAACGUUUCAGUCAUAUGCAUGGAAAAAACAUUUAUUGGAAUUCAGAUAUUUUCUGUAAUCUUGUAAUAUAUGUUUGGGUACAAAUGUAAUCUUUCAAAAAAAAAUGUCUUGUAUAUAAUUUUUUUUUCAUUUUUUUUUUUAAAUAGCAGACUUCUCAAGCAACACAUAAACACUGAGCAAAAAAGAAAAACUACCAAAAGAAACGAAACCAAUGAGCAAGAGUAAAUAUUUGAUCGUGUUCUUGUCAAUCAUGUAAAUAAUGUAUAUAGUGUACAUAUAUAUAUAAAAAUGCAUUUAUUUGCAGUAAAAUAAAUUGCAUUUCAGGCAUGUAUUCAGUAUCUUCUAAAACCUGUAAUUAAUAAUCUUGUCCAUAUCCAGGUUUUAUCAAAGGCAAAGACAUUUCAUAGUAUGUAUUGUAUUAGAAAUGUUCAUGAAGUAUGUGUCUCUCAAUUACUUUGUUGUUAUUAAUUAUUGUGGAAAAUUGAGGCACAGACGUAUCUGCCAAAGGCAAAUAUAUGUAUCUCAGGACCAUUGAAAACCUUUUCAACUGGGGGUGGGAGGAACAUUUAACUUCAAAGAGGUAAAUAACAAAUGCUUGUAUAAUUCUGGUUUCUGCUUGAUAAAGAGUUAUAAAUGUAAAAAAUGCAGAAUAGUUAAAAAAAACAUGUUAUUGUCAGCCAGCCAAAUUGAAUGAUAUCAGUUGAUUUCAACUAUCGUUGCAAUAUUCUUGUAAUAACAGGUUUUAUGAAGCUAGCUGCUCAUCUGGAAUAUGUUUCAAUGUAAUAUUUUUCUCAUGGAAGACUGGGAGGUCAUCUUAUGCACAGUUGACUGCACUUUUUGACUUCACCUGAAUAAAGGAUGUAGGGUUGGUUUUAUUCUUGAAGAAACAAAAAUAGUAUUGCACUCUAAUUAUUCUCAAUAAUUAUCCUCAAAGAUUAGUAUAUUGAAGGGAAGGAUUUUGAAAUAAUUCACCUUUUAUAUAAAUGUAUCCACUCUAUAUUUUAUCUAUAGAGUGUUUGAAUUAUUCAAAAUUUUAUCACUGUUUUGUUGAUUAUUUAUCCUGAAUAUUAUUAUUAUUUUGUUUUGUUUUUGCCACCAGUAAAAGAAGUUAUGAAUAAAAAGAGACGAAGAAUUUAAA